AUGGGAAAGAAAGGCCGCUCUGAGCUGAUGUGCCUCCUCUUCACGAUGGCUGUGCUUUGUCUUGAAGCAAAGAUACACAAAACUGUUUACAUUUCUUCGAAGAAACUCACUUGGGAUGAAGCAAGAAAGCACUGCCAGGAGAACUAUAUCGACAUGGUUACCUUGGACGUAGUAAACCCCGAGCUGCUGAAUGAGUUGUUGGAGGAAGAAGACGAGCUGCUGAAAGAAUUUUCGGAGGAAAAAGACGACAUUAAAUUCUGGAUUGGUUUACAUGAGGAUCCUGAGCAAUCGUUGGGGAGUUUGAUCAGUGGAAAAACUGGUAUAGGCUCGACAGAAGAUGAUGACAAUGACAGCGAGAGCUGGCGCCCCACGCUGCAAUCGUCUGGUGGCUGUGGCUCUUAUAACAGCCGAAACAAAAAGUUGGAAAUCGAGUUAUGCAAAGAAGAGCUUCCCUUCAUCUGCUUUGGUGACAACCUGAUUUUAGUGGAUGAGAAAAAAACAUGGGAGGAUGCACUAAAUCACUGCAGGAAAAAGAUAACUGCAUCCUCCAAAUCUGACCUCUUGAGCAUUACCAACCCAUCUGACUACUACUACGUCACUGAUCGGAUCUACAGAGCCACCACUGAGGAGGUUUGGACAGGCUUGCGUUUUCUGGGAGGGGAGUGGUGGUGGUCAGAUGGAGAGACUUUGGACCACCAAGAGACGCUGCCGGGGUGCCCCAGCCAGUGGCAGCACUGUGGCACCCUGUCCAAAAAUAACAAGGGAUUCUGGAUCACCAGAGACUGCUCAGAGAGGAGGAGCUUCAUCUGCUAUUAUGAAAAAGUAGCUUAACAGAAGGAAUAUGUGUAACUCUAUUCACUGUUGAUGUGUAUAGUCCCAUGCUUGCUUUCCACUGAUGUAGCAUUUUGUUGUGAUAGACGAACAUUUCAAUUCAUAAGUUGAUAAAUGUAAAAACAUGCUUUUUAUUUGUUAAUAGUGCCAAAGCAUUGAUAUUUUAACACAGAGAGAUCCAAGAUGGUAAUAAUCUAUGUAUGUAAAGCUGGACUUAGGGCUGAGGAGCAAUAUUUAAAUAUUCAACCAAAAGCAGCAAGUAGUUUGAUUUAUGUUAUUUAAUUAUCUCUUAUCUUAUGUCUAAUUGCUUUUGCAUGGUCACGCUGUGGUAGAGUUUUUACCACCGUUGUCAACAGCAAAGAACAAGGCAAUGGAAUUCAUACAGAUUAUUUCAGCUGGUUAAGUAGCAAUCAGAUAAAUCUUUUUUUUUUUUAAUCUAAACUUUAAAAAAGUUGAAUCUAAAAGUAUGUUAAAAUUCAGCUGAACUAACCUGAGAUGAGUUAAAUUUCUUGUUUGUUUACAAAUUUCCAGAAUUGCUUAAACCUCCUUACUUAUUAAUAAAAUAACACAAAGUUUCCUUUUAAUUUAAAUACAUGAAAAACAAAACCUCCUGAAGAAACUACAGGACUAAUAUGAGAGCACUCCACAGCCUUAUUUGAUCCUCCGUAGCUCUUUAUUUGCUUUAGCAGUGCUUAUAGGGUCCAUAACAGGCUGAACGGCCCCUUGGCAACCAUCUUAAGCGUCAGAUAUGGUCUCUUGACAUGGUGACUUAUGAAAUGUCUAAAUAUUUGUUUAAUUUCUAUCUAUUCUUCACCAUCAGUUUAUAAUAAGCAAUAAUUGUAUUCUUAUACAAUAAUAUUUUGGAUUGCGCUGUGUAUACAUCAUGCUGUAUAAAUAAAUAUUCUUUGCCUCCUGGCAGAUUGAAAAAGUUUCAACGAUUUAGUGUCCAUUAUCCUCACAAUUCAGUAAAAACAUCCCCCAGUGCAAUACCUCCACCUCUGUGCCAGACUGUCAGCCUGGUAUACUAGUCAUACAGUCAUCUUUCUCCACACAUGAUGGUGGAUGUGAUCCUGGCCUCCUCCAAACAAAGCUCUUUCUCUGCAGUCUUUUUGCUGAAUGCUUUAGCUUUUCAUUUAGGGACAGCAGUCAUAACAGGAUUUCACUUAAUUAUAUGGGAAAGUAUGUCCGCAGUUAUAUCUGAAGCUAGGAAACAAAGCACUCGUAGAAUUUCAAAACUCCCUGCAGUGUCCUGCUUAUUCUUUACUUCCAUCAUGGCUUCAGCUCAGCUGGGACAUAAAAUAUGAAUAAAUUGUAGGAUGA